AUGCACACAAAUUCGGUGUUUGGAGCCGAUCGCGAUCUAGCUUCAUCGCCCGAGCUUCCCCCCAUGCCUCCGCGCUCUACAAUCGUCCGCCUGCGCUCUGCACCACCAGUCGCCUCGUAUCGCGGCGGAAUCCCCGGCUUCCCAGCAACGGCCGUGUGGGACAGCGACCCUAACGGGAACGCUAUAGAUGCGACGGCGGACAAUGCAGCCAACGGUGGCGAUGCAGCCAACGGUGCCGACGCGGCAGCUUCCUCAAACUCCCCAACGGCCAGCUGGGACAGCGGCCCUACUAACAGCAAGGCGACAGGCGCCACAACAGACGACGACGCUCACCAUCCCGCCCUGCUGCAGCGCAUGCAGCAGGCCGUGCUGAGAGACAGCCGGGUGGAUGCGGGGAAGAUGGUUUACAGCUACGUGCAUGUGUCGAACGGCUUUGCAGCGAUCCUCACGGCAGCGCAGGUGCAGCGCAUGAGACGGCACCCCUCUGUGGCGUCCGUCACGCCCUCUCGCACCAUCACACGCCGCGCCACCUCCACCACCACCGACGCGUACAAGUCUCUCAAGCUGCACCACGCCCUCUCUUCUGCUGCUUCCGCUGCUGCCACUCCUGCUGCCGCCACUCCUGCUGCUGCCACUCCUGCUGCCGCCACUCCUGCUGCUGCCACUCCUGCUGCCGCCACUCCUGCUGCUGCCACUCCCGCUGCCGCCACUCCUGCUGCUGCCACUCCGGCUGCCGCCACUCCGGCUGGAGCGUCGAGCGACGGCGAUGGCACGGUGAUUGGGAUUGUGGACAGCGGCGUGUGGCCGGAGCACCCCUCCUUUGACGACACCGCGCCCUCCCCUGUCCCAUGCGCCCGCCCCCCCUCCCCUGCCUGUCCCAUGCGCCCCCUCAUGCCCCCCCUCCCCUGUCCCAUGCGCCCCCACCCCACUCUCAGAGCGGCAGCGGGCAACAGCGGCGUGGAGGUGCCUGGCGGGGGCACCAUCAGUGGCGUGGCUCCCAAGGCACGCCUGGCCAUCUACAAGGUGUAUUGGCGUGCAUUUGAUUAUUCCGAAUCUACAGAAACUACACAUGCGGAUGUCUUCGCAGCCGUUGAUCGGGCCGUGGCGGACGGUGUGGAUGUGCUGACCGUGUCCCUGCACAGCACGGUCGACAAGCACAAACACAAUUACUUCGAAGAUGCGCCUUUCCUCGGUGCUCUUGCGGUGGGUGUGAGGGCAUGUGGUGGGUAUGGGGUGCAUGCGGAGGGUAUGGGGUGCAUGCGGAGGGUAUGGGGUGCAUGCGGAGGGUAUGGGGUGCAUGCGGAGGUGGGCGACUUGGGGACGACCAAAUACAAUUGGUGGUUCAUUGAUCGCCACAUCGCCAUCCACUACCGUGCACCCUACUAUAUCAGCGUGGGGGCGAGUUCCGUGUCCCAAGCCUCCCUCACUUCAAUGUUAACAGCAACAACUACAAUAGGAGCAGCAGUUGGAGCAGCGGCAGAAUCUCCUGAAAACACCACAGGGGCAACAGUACCAUGGCCAUCAGCAACAGCAUACCCCGCCAUGUCAACCCGACUCCCUGCCACCAUCACCCCUUCAGCCACCAACUUAUCUACACCAACUUUCCUCCCCAUGGUUCCCGGCUGGUCCUCUAGCGGCCCAGUUGCCCCAACCGAUUGCACCAUCUGCAAACGACGGUAUUUUGAUCCCACCAACGCCAUUCUCAAGCCCGACAUCAUUGCCCCGGGGGUCAGCAUUCUUGCAGCUGCUCCAGGGAAAACCGUCGGCGAGGCAGGGUCGCUGCAGGUUAGUACUGAAAGUGCCAUCUCUGCAGCGCAUGUUGCUGGUAUCGCUGCUCUGAUCAUCCAGCAGCAUCCUGAUUGGUCGCCCGCACAGGUCAUGUCUGCCAUGAUGACGACAGCUGGCAGCACUGAUUACAGCAACAGAAUGAUUCGGAAUAUGUACGGGCUGCCGGCAACGCCGUGGGAGAUGGGAGCGGGGCAUGUGUUUCCUGCGAGGGCGCUUGACCCUGGGUUGACCUACGACGCCGGGGAGCAAGAUUUCCGCAACUUGCUUGCAGGGCUGAGCAUGAAGCUGGCUCAAAAGACCCUCGGGCAGGUGCCACUGAAGCCCGUUCCAGCCAGGAACCUGAAUCGGCCGUCCAUCUCGCUGGGUAACAUAGUGAAUAAACUCGUCGCUAGGCGGACUGUGACGAGCGUCUCAGACACCACAUCGACCUACAGGGUGAGGAUCAAGGCCCCCAAGGCAGUGAGAGUAGCGCCGGGGCAACGAGUCAGUUUCAAGGUGAAGGUUGUGGUAAGGAGGAAGUUAAAGAAAUUCAAGUAUGGCAGCAUUACGUGGGAGGAUGACAAGGGGCAUUCCGUGCGCUCGGUUCUUGUUUUCCAUUGCAAACCUUCUUGCGUGUAUUUAUGCUAG